CCUCUGUUAUAUAAAUCUUCUCCAUUUCUCUUGGCCAAGAAAAAGAGCAGGCCGUCUCCCCUUCUUUCGUCACUUUAGUCUUUAUAUAUUUUUUUUUCGCUGCGCUUAAUCUUGAAGAUGGGUCCGGGUCUCUACUCCGAAAUCGGCAAGAAGGCCAGAGAUCUUCUAUACAAGGACUACCUGACGGACCAGAAGUUCACGGUCACGACCUACACCUCGACUGGAGUUGCAAUUACAGCUUCGGGUACUAAGAAAACAGAGUUUAUUUUUGGGGAGAUUCAAUCUCAGCUGAAGAAGAAGAAUAUCACAGUUGAUGUGAAAGCAAACUCGGAGUCAAAUCUGUUAACAACUGUUACGGUUGAUGAACUUGCCACGCCUGGAUUGAAGACAAUAUUCAGCUUUGUUGUGCCAGAUCAGAGAUCUGGAAAGGUUGAACUUCAAUACUUGCAUGAUUAUGCUGGCGUCAACACAAGUAUUGGAUUGACUGCCAAUCCUAUUGUCAACAUUUCUAGUGUUUUCGGAACUAAAGCUUUUGCUGUUGGUGCUGAUGUAUCAUUUGACACUGCAAGUGGGAACUUCACCAAAUACAAUGCCGGAUUGAGUGUCACCAAUGCAGAUCUUAUUGCUGCCCUGACUUUGAACAACAAGGGAGAUAGCCUGAGUGGUUCCUACUACCACUUGGUGAGCCCGCUGUCAAGCACAGCUGUUGGGGCAGAGAUCACCCACAGCUUCUCGAGCAACGAGAACACCCUCACUUUCGGGAUGCAGCACGCAUUGGACCCCCUGACAACGGUGAAGGCACGCUUCAACAAUUAUGGGAAGGCCAGUGCCCUCAUCCAGCAUGAGUGGAGGCCCAAAUCAUUUUUCACCAUUUCUGGAGAAGUUGAUACCAAGGCCAUUGAGAAGAGCUCGAAGAAAUUUGGACGAAAGAGAACCUUUUUAUCAGUUGGCGAUAAAGCAUUCAAAAGGCUAGGGUAAAAUAAUCAAGGAAAGCAAUGGCAGCCUGGCUCGAUCAUGUCAUCAAACUUCCCAAAUCUUUCCCUGAAUGCUACGAUGGAUUAAUCUACCAAGCAACAAGCUAAGCAACGCCUUCUCACUCUUUUCUCUAAUCCUGCAUUGGCUGCACCACAUAGCCAUUAUCAUCAUGCACGCAAACAAUUGUCUUUCUGCUAUU